AUGAGAUAUCUGAAACAAAGGUGGGAUAGUUCUGACCCUGACCGCGCACCACCGCCACUGCCUAUGAAUCCAGGUUCGACGAGCCCUAUAACAAAGGGAAACGUCUCUCCAGGUAUCCAAGCGGUAGCAGCAAGUUUCACAGAGAAGAUGCGAGAAAACUCCCCCAGUCCAUACACCACAAACCCCAUGACGCCCAAGUCACCCGAGAAGUCUCUCAUUAAGGGGCAAUUCCACAAGCGUAUGCAGUCUUUGCAGAAUACUGAUACGCGCUCGGAGUUCUUGAACUACGUGGAAAGCAGGUCGCCAGAGCGCCCCCUGCGCGCAUCAUUCUCGGAUCAAAGCGCAAAGCCGCCAGAGAAGGCUGUAAAGUCUGAGAUAUCACCGAAUCAGCAGAGUUCCGAAGAUCUUCCAAAUGUCCUCAUCUCUAACCGAUACCUCUCUAGGCCACUUUUUGGUGAAAGCACUCCUCCCUCAGCCACAAUGCUCGCUUUACAGAAUAUGCAACUGCCACCUCAAGAGGCGCCACGGACGAACGGGCCUGAUGCUUCUUCCGAGCCCAAAUCCUCCCAGCCCAACAGUUUUGACUUCUUGUCAAACCAGAUCCUCAGUCUCACAGACAUCGCCAGCAGUCUUCAACGCGAGAUGGCGCAACUGAGUCGACGAAGCAAAGAUAACGCUACCGAUUUGAUUAGUCUCAAAGCUGCAACGAACGCCCGAGAUGAAGAUAUUCGGAAAAGUCUUCGUGAUCUGUCUUCAAACUUGGCUGCCAAGUUUCUAGAUGCUGAUACUGCCACAAGGUGGGAUCUCAGUGCUCUCCUGGGUUCUGAAAAUGCUAUUAACCAGACGGAACCGGAUAGUUCUCCGAACUAUAAGAAGAGUUAUUCUGGACCGAGAAUGCAAAGCCCCAGCCCCUUCUCGAUGGAACGUGAAUACUGUGCUUCCCCCGGGCCCUUGACAGACGGAUCCGCCAGUAUUGCGUUGUUGGAGAAGGUACUACGAGAAAUGGCGACGAAGGAAGGUCAGGAAAAGCUGCUCGAGCUCAUGGACGAACUGAAAUCCCGUCCAGUCUCCGAUGAUUCUAGCAAGAACGGUGAUAAUUCAAUGACUGAAAUGCUGGAAGAAAUCCUCAACAUAGUGAAGCAGGACUCAGGAGCCAGAGCUCUCGUGCGAGCUGGCAAGCCAGAGCAAGACCUCGAAUCCAACAUGGGGGUCAUCCGCCAGCAACAGAGUCCCGUGACAGAUGAGAUGCUGGAUAUUUUGAAGCGCGUAAGAAGCAGCGUCAUUGAAGGUGGUGGUUUGACAAAUGAGGUGAAACAUCUGGUGCGCGAACUCCGAGGCGAGGUGCUGGGGAUGGGUAGAAAUAUCGCCAGCAGGCUGGAAGACGCUGAGCGGGCUCGAGCCAUUGAAAACGCGCCCAAGGGACCUGGGCCCGAGGAAAUCGCCGAAAUCGUCGAACAGGGCCUACAAGAACUUCGGACCCAACUAGCCGCCAUUAUGAAUGACAGUAAACAACAGUCUUCAACACUGAGUGAGGUCCGGGCCGCCAUGAACAGCUCCGAGAUCUGCUCCGUCGUCAAGAAAGCCUUGGAUGAAUUUGGCAUGGCCGAGCUCCGUGAUAGGCCUGAGGGAGCUAGGAUGGACAAGGAAGAUAUCCUCGAGGCAGUCAGAGAAGCCUGGGAAACGUACAAGCCUGAGAUAGAAUUGCAAAACUUUGGGCUUGAGCGAGAUGAGAUUCUCGAGUGUCUCACAGAGGGUCUUAAGGCCUACCAGCCACAGCAUGAGCAGGCCGCUACUUACGACCAGGUUUUGGCAGCUGUUCAAGCAGGUGUGCAACAAUUUGAGCAGCCUCCAUCAAUAACCAAGGACGAAAUAAUCCAGGUGAUCCAGGAAUCCAUUGAGAGUGUCGAACCUCGCUCUUUGGAUGGCGAGCAGCUGGCUGCACUUCGAGAUGAGAUACUCAAUGCAGUCACUGAUUCCAUAGCGACGCAAACGACAAUGAAGAAAGACGAAAUUAUUCAUGGAAUCCAGGAGAGCCUAGAAAAUUCCGAAGCUCGUCCCUUAGACGGCGAGCAGCUAGCUGCUCUUCGAGAUGAAAUCCUCAACUCAGUUAGCGAAGCCAUCACCACUCAAACCGCUCUUACGAAAGACGAAAUCAUUGAAGGAAUCAAGGGCUGUCUUGAGAAUUCCCAACCUCGUGGAUUAGAUGGUGAGCAGCUAACUGCGAUUCGAGAUGAAGUGCUCCAUGCUGUCACCGAAUCUAUGACAUCUCAAAGCGCUCUCACGAGAGAUUCUUUUGACUCUGGUCUUGGGCGUGAUGAGAUCUUAAGUGCUGUGUCUGAUGGUAUUGAGGCACAUAUGCUCGCCGCAAAGGAACUCAAUCAUUCAGUCAUCACAAAGGAAGACGUCACAAGCAUAGUCAAUGAUGUGUUCUCAGCCCAACAAUCUGCUCUUACAACUACGAGUGCUCAGCCUGCCAUUUCCCGCGAUGAAAUCCUCCAGGCUAUUGCUGAAGGGCUUGAAAGCCAGAAUUCAAUCCCUCGCGAGAUUGAACUCAACAAAGAGGACUUGAUGGAAGCUAUCACUGCAGGUCUCAACGAGGUAACCGCCAAUGCGAAUCAGGGCUUAGGUGACCAGAUAUUUGAGCGUCUACAACAGCAAUUCGAAGGUCUCAAGGAAGAAGUGAAGCCACAGCCAGCAGCCACUGAUGCGAACCUGGAGGAGAUACUGAACACUAUCAAGGACAGCAUUGCGGUCGUACGUCAAGAUGUUGAGGGGUACGCUACGACUGCAUCGGAAGCAUCUGGGAAAUAUGAAAUCCUGGACACGGUCAAGGAAGGCUUCCGAUUGCUACAGGCGGACCUAGAGAAGACGAUCACGGAGAACGCACUUGUGACUCGUGCUAGCAGCUACCCCAACACCCCAGAGCUCCUGGACGCGAUGGAAAAAGAAUUUGAACAUCUGCGCCAAACUUUAAGUUCCUUGCUCCGCAGCAAUCCGGUAUCUGACAAGGAGGAAAUCCUUGACGCAAUCCGGGACAUCUCAGAGAACCACAAACCCGCGAAUCAGGAAAAUGUUUACGAGCUUAUUCGGCGUGAUUUUGAAAUUUUACGUGAGUCUUUGACAAUGAGCCUGGUUCCCGCCGAGCCGAAGAGCGACAAGGAUGACAUUGUUGCUGCUGUUCGGGCUACCUUGGAAGCCUUCCACGAGGAGAAAGGUCAGGCUAGAAAUAUACCUGAUAAAGAUGAGAUUAUCACUGCCGUUCAAGCAACGCUGGAGACUUUCCAUGCAGAGAACAGCCAAGCUAUUGUGCCAGCCGAACCGAAGAGUGAUAAAGACGACAUUGUUGCUGCUGUUAAGUCCACUCUGGAAGCUUUUCAUGAGGAAAAAGGCCAGGCUAGAAAUUUAUCUGAUAAGGAUGAGAUCAUCGCUGCCGUUCAGGCAACUCUGGAGACUUUCCACGCAGAGAAUAGCCAGACUGCUGUGCCAGCUGAAACGAAGAGUGAUAAAGACGACAUUGUUGCUGCUGUUAGGUCCGCUCUGGAAGCUUUUCAUGAGGAAAAAAGUCAGGCUAAGGAAGUUCUUGAUAAAGACGACAUUCUUGCUGCCAUUCAGGCUACCUUGGAAACUUUCCAUGAGGAACAGGACCAGAAUAAGAACGGUGUUGACAAGGAUGAAAUUAUUGCUGCUGUUCAAGCAACCCUUGAGGCCUUCCACGAAGAAAAGCAUCGGACCAAGGAUGGGUCUGAAAAGGAAGAAUUCCUCAGCGCCAUCAAGGAGAUUUCAGAGAGCCACAAAGUAAGCAGCGAGGAAAGUGUCUCCAAGAUCGUCAAGCAAGAGUUUGAGAGUCUGCGCGACUCGUUGACCAUGAGCCUUGUUCCCGCAGAGCAGAGAAACGACAAAGACGAUAUCCUUGCUGCCGUCCAAGCAGCCUUAGAACUGUUCCACGCUGAGAAAAGUGAAACCAAGGACCGCGCUGAAGAACUCUCGACAGCAGAACUUCGUGACGCGUUACACGAUGGCGUUGGUAUCAUCAAGGAAGAUCUUGCAAAGAUUUUGGAGCGCCCUGUUGAGUCUAAUUAUGCAGAACUCCUUGACACCCUGAGGGAAGGCUUGAGCAGCCUAAAAGCCGAGCUUGAGAUGAUGCGCCGAACCCAAGCGGAAUCGGAAAACAGCGACAAUUCGAAAGGACAAGAGCUGAUACUCGCCGAUGAGGCCAGCAAGGCUAGCGAGAUCGAGGGACUCAAGGCUCUAAUAUCCCAGAUUCAAGUCAAGGUCGAUGCUAUUGAGGCUGCUCCACGAGCUCCGGACUUUCCCGAAAAUCUGCUGAAAAAAGAAGACAUGGAUGAGGUCCUCGCGGGGUUGCACGAGCUCCAGACAUCAGUGACAGAAAUUGCGUCUCGUGAGAAGCCCACAGAUGCAAACGUAGCCAAGAAGGAGGACACAGACGCCAUUGAAACACUCCUCAGGAACACUAAGUCCCAGCUUGACGAGAUGGUGUUCCCUGCUCCUGAUGAGAUAGCACGAGCGGAACAACUGGGGACUCUUGAGGAGAUUGUCAAAGACACAAAGGAUGUUGUGACCGAGAUCUACGGCCGCCUGGAGGCCGAAGUCCCCACCAAAACCGAGAUUGGUACCCUAGAGACGCUGUUGAAAGACAUGUGGAUCGCCCUCGACGAGUCCAAAGGUAAAGAAGGCGGAAAGGAUAGGGAAGAUGGCGCGGAAAUGGCGGCUGAGGCUGAGGCUGAGAAACUAGUCAAGGCAGACUUGCAGACAGUGGAGGCCAUGAUCUUCGAGGUCAAAACCCAGGUCGAAGAGCUUAAGCUUCCGGAUGUUGAGACUCUCCCGACGAAGAGCGAAAUUCAGAACAUUGCGACUCUUAUAACGGAGUUCAAGGAAAAGGUGGAAGCAGGUCAAGAACUGGUUGGCCAAGGAUUCGAAGCACGGAAAAUCGAGCAUGCCGGGCUAGCGGAGAAGAUCGAUGAGGCUAGGACAGUAUUUGAGGGACUUGGAGAAGAACUCAAAAGCAAGCUGGACGGGAGCCAUGAGGGCUUGUCAGAGCUUAAACAACUUCUAGAAGGUCUGGCAGCCUCUUCAGAGAGGUUUACGACGGUUGAGAACGUCAAAGAGCUGACUGAACUCAUCAAUCGCGAAUUUGAACGUGCACGCGGUGAACAAGAUGCUGCCAAACUCGAGAGCGAGGAGCGAGAUGCUGCUGCCCUCAUCAAGCACGAUGAGACAAGAGCAGCCAUUGUCGUUGAGCUUGGCGCGAAGAUUGACGAGAAGCUGGGUGAAGUAAUGACCAAGUAUGAUGAGGCUCGGUCUUCGAUUGACACCAAGUUCGCCGAAGCUGCUGAGCGCGGAAAUGCGCACCUUGAGGCAGUGACCGACACAAAGUCCUUGGCAGAGGAUAUUAAACUUGUCAUUGGAUCUAUGGGUGACAGUGUCAACGAAGCAUGCGAGCGGAUGAGCGCAGAUGCAAAAACAUUCUUCGAAAAGGUCGACAUCUCGUACAGCAAGAUGGAGGAGAUGCAUAAUGAGGUAAAAACACAGCAAGAGUUGUCUCGGUCCGAUGUUGAACGGACAGCAGCUGCUACGGAGCGAGUCGAGUCUAAGCUGCACGAGUUCCAUCCCCAGGUUUUGGAGUCUAUCCAGGAGAUCCUUUCUAUUGUGGGGCAGCAUUACACCCACGCACAGCAGGCUACACAAGAUCUCAGAAUGGAUCUAUCCGUCAUACCGACCACUAUGACAAAGAUGCUGCCCGCUUUGCCACCUCCCGAGCCGGAAAAGUAUGAUGACAGCCAGGUCCAUGAGAAGCUAGACAGCCUCAUCGAGCGUUCAAUGGACAACCAGGUCCAGGAGAGCCUCAACACAUUGAUUGAACGGGUUACCAAGGACCAGGUGCACGAAAAGCUCGACCAGCUCUUGAGCAAGACGACAAGCACUAAUGGAGAAAUUUACGAAAAGCUGAAUGAACUGCUUGAGCAUGCAACGAACUCCAAUGGGCCCAUCCAUGAAAAACUCGACACGCUCAUUGGCCACGCCACGAACACUGAUCAGUCUGUCCAUCAAAUGAUGAAGCUUGAUGAGAUGCACAAGGAUAUUAUGGAAACGUCGCGGAAGAUGAACGAGAUGAUGGCGGCCCAAUCAGCUCUUAUCGCCGAGGAUACUGAGCGCAGGCGCAAGGAGGCUGAGGAAGCCGCCAUUGUCCUGGAGCGCAGAACUGCACAGCGAGAGCAGAUUGAAGCAGAGAUCCUCAACCUCAAAGAUGAAAAAGACUCAAUGCUCGCAAUGAUGCAGAGGCUCAAGGCUGAAAAAGAUGAGCUUGUUGCCCAGAACGCCAAGCUCCACAAAGAAGUCUCUGCCCUGGAGACGGCCCUCGAACUGCGGCAUGAAGAGAUGCAGGUCAUGGAAGAGCGCGCCGACAGCUUAGAGAAACGCAUUCUAGAGGGUGUGCUUGAUCAUGCUCGUACUGUUCUUCUUAGUCGCCCCAACAGCACACACGGGUUAAAUAUGAAAAAAGUACGCAGCGCACGCGGCCGCAAUGUCAGUGUUUCGAGUACUGCAAGCACCGCCAAGGACAGCCGCAGCGUCCUCGGUAGUAGUCUCGGGCUGGCAUUGAAGAAGCGAGCUCCACCUGCGUUGCAGGCAGGGUCUGCUACUGCGUCUACAGCGAGCAAGGAGAGGAGGAUCUUAAGUCUCAGCCACGUUACGGGAAACCGUGGGUUAUCGGACAGGCAGUCAGGUGCAUCCGGCGGUCUUACGAGCCUGAAAAGAAGUCAGUCUGUUAAGUCCCUCUAUACUUACCGCAAACAUUCAUGGGGCGGGAGGAGCUCUAUAGCCAACAAGGAGAAUGAAGGUUUCCCUGAGGUCUUCCCCGAAGAAGACGAGAACCAGAGCGGAGAUGAGAGUGAUACAGGUACGGAGCGGAGGACGAGCUACACCGGAACUUAUGCGGAAAGCAUGACAUAUGGCCCUGGAAGUGUCAUCUCCACGAACCGGCAGGUUAGUACCGCCAGUACUAGAAACCUUGAGUCUGUUGCGGAUGUGGCGGAAGAAGAGGAAGACCGAGCAAUGGCGAAAGACGAACACGAGGAACCGGACAAGGACGAUGAGGCUCAGAGCUCUAAAGCAGAUGAGCCUGAGGAUCAUGCGGCCGUUCCUCAAGAAGCACUCGACGAAGAAACGUCGAAAAUGGUGCUGUACGGACACCCCGCCGACAGCGGACUGGGUUCGGAGAUCACGAGUACAGCAGGCUGAUCAUACGGAACCCGCAAGCGGCUUCAACUCGACUUUUAUUGAUAGUUAAGCGCUACUAUUCUGGUGGUGGCUUGGGUCCACCUCCCAGGAGGUAAUGAUACCGUGGCCUUUCUUUUGUACUUUCCUUUGUCAUAUACUUACGAUUGGCUACCCGCCCACUUCGAGCAAGAGAGUCUGGGCUGGGAUCAUGGAUGCAUGUGGUAUUGAUUAUUGGCUAGAUGUAACUGAAUGAUAUCCUCCUUUUACU